GUCAGGGGCGCGCGGGGCAGGCGCGCGCGGGGGCCAUGGCGGCGGGCUACCAGCACCGGCCCAACGGCGGCGGCGGCGCCCCCCUGCCCGACCCCUCCUUCCUGUGGAACGUCUUCCAGAGAGUUGAUAAAGACAGGAGUGGAAUAAUAUCUGAUCAUGAACUUCAGCAAGCAUUAUCAAAUGGCACAUGGACUCCAUUUAAUCCAGCAACAGUCAGGUCAAUUCUUGGCAUGUUUGACAGAGAAAACAAAGGAGGUGUGAACUUCAAUGAAUUCACAGGAGUCUGGAAAUACAUCACAGACUGGCAGAAUGUCUUUCGAACGUAUGACAGAGACAAUUCUGGAAUGAUUGACAAAAAUGAACUAAAGCAAGCACUAACAGGUUUUGGUUACCGACUGUCUGAUCAAUUCUAUGAUAUCCUUAUUCGGAAAUUUGACAGACAAGGAAAAGGACAAGUUGCUUUUGAUGAUUUUAUUCAGUGCUGUGUUGUUCUACAGAGGCUGACUGAUGUGUUCCGACGAUACGACACUGACCAGGAUGGCUGGAUUCAGGUGUCCUAUGAGCAGUAUCUUUCCAUGGUCUUCAGCAUCGUAUGACACCAGGAACCAGGAAUCGCACACUGGCAUUACACAGACUGGAGUUGCCAAAACAUCCUCUACUGAAUAUUAUUUUAUGUAUUAUAAUGGAUGUAACAUCACAUUCUUAAAUUCUGUAGGCUGGUAAUCACUAUCAGAAUCUGUACUUGGGUUGGUUUUUAUUUUGUAUUAUUGUAUGAUAUGACCAUGUCUGCUUACUGUAGUACAGAAAGCACAGAAUCCAGAUUUAACCAGUACAAUGUACAUUACCUCUUACACAUAUCCUGCAUGGGAAAAAUGACUCUUUAGCAAUGCCAAAUUAAAAUUAUGCUUGUUAGUUUAUAACAGCUGAAAGCCAGAAGUUGCACAACAUGUUUUGCAUGUGCCUUACUUUUAUAAGAGUUAAAUGUAUUAAUUUUUAAAUACAGAAUUUAAAAUUAAGUAAAAAUACCAGGUCAGU